GCACCUAUGAAGGCCGGAACAGCACACGAUGGGCAUGGGUGGCCAGCACCACGCCCGGCCGCCUUCUGUCUCCCUGGAAGAAUUGUUUACACACCGCACCAGGGAUGAUGAGUUGCUUUGCCGGAACGCGGGGCUCCGCUCGCGUGUGGCUCUGCGCGGUCGCUCUGUGCCUGCUGGCGAGCGCGUGUGCUCGUGGCGCGGCCGCCUUCCCCAACAAGCCCGACAGCCCCGGGGAGGACGCCCCCGCGGAGGAUCUGGCCCGGUACCUGUCUGCCGUGCGCCACUACAUCAACCUCAUCACCCGGCAACGGUAUGGAAAGAGGGCACUGACCGAGCCCUACGUCCCAGAGUUUAUAUUUCAAGAAAAUCGUGGUGAUAGGAGCAGCAACCCAAGAUUUGACAGCGUGACCAUGUGGUGAUUUGGUUAGAAUUGAAGAUGCCCGUCAACUUUUCAUCCACCUCCCCUCUCCUCCUCCUACCCAUCGAGCCCCCCAAACCCCACCCCUCCAUUCACACCCUCCCCCCCCCCCAUUCCUCCUCACCCCUCCCCAGCCCCCCACCCCCCAAUCCACUGCACCUCCCAAUUGACCCCCAACCCCCC